AUGAGCGUGUCCCUCCACGAGCUCUUGUCCAAUGAAGCGGACUUGGCGCCAUCGGCGCUCCCAAAGCGGGUGCUACACAAGACGCCGCCCAACGGCGGGCGCUGGUCGGACAGUGAGCACCGCCUCUUUCUCCAAGGCGUCGCGCUCUACGGGAAGGACUGGCGGCGCAUUGCACGGCUCGUACAAACACGCACAACGGUGCAGACGCGGUCGCACGCUCAAAAGCACUUUGACCGCCUCGAGAAGGAGCAAAAAGACGGGAAAUCCGAUACGACGACGCAUCCGCCUCAUUCCGUGCCCAAGCCCGCAAAGCUGGCGAAGACAACCAAGGGCAAGGCGAAGCGCGUGCUGGCGCACUUGGCAAUGGGCCCACCACAGUUUUGUCUGCCCACGGACAACCAAAGCGGCGCCGGGUACACGGAACCCACCGAGCUGCCAGCGCAUGUGUGUGCGACGAGCCGAGUCGAUCUCGACCAGCUCCUCGACGACAUUCCCGUGUAUGAUUUCCUCGCACUGCUGGCGUCCGAGAAGGACCGGUCGCUCAUGGACGGCAUUGAUUUUUCAAGCUUGGACGAGGCGGCACCGGCGACGGACGCACGGCUAACGACGCCAACGACCCACUUGCCGUCGCCAUGGGUGCCGUCGCUGUCGCCACAGUACCGGGACGCGCCGAGUCGCUUUGAGGACGAGUAUUGUUUAUAA